AUUUUCAUAAUAAUAUUUUUAGUAUCAAACACAAAUAUGAGACUGCCAGAUCCUAGUAAUAAUGGAGGAGGGUUAGGAGCCAAAAGAAUUCCUGCAAAUAUCACAAGUGACCCUUUCAGUGAUCCAAAGAUUGCCACAGGUGCUCGUGGGAAUAACCAGAAUAACUUCAACCCCUUUAAUGAGUUUGCUUCGAAUGAAGUUGUUCAAAAUAUGGCAGGGAAUUUGAUCAAAGAUCAAGUGUCUAAGCAGGCAGAGAACUACAGAGGCAUCUUUACAUUUGACUUGAUCCGGCCUUACUUCAAUGUAGAUAAUACUUACAUUUAUUCCAAGUUCAAGCUUAUAUUUUUACCAUUCCUUGAAAAAGGUGACUGGAAAUCCGAGGGUGAAGAGAAGUACAUGAGCUCCAACAUGGAAUACGAAGAUUUUAAGACUGAUAAUUCCAAAAUCGAUCCUUUUGGAGUUGAUCUUUAUCUACCAUUAAUGGCUUUGGUCACCUUCACACAAGUAGUGGGAUUCUACCAUGGAGCAUUGGAUAUGUUCGAUCCUGAACUACUAGAGUAUUUAAUUGGAAAAUGACUGUUUGUGUGGCUCAGUGAAACUAUAAUGAUCAAACUCUUCUUAAUGUGUCAGAAUGUCCCUUAUGCCCCAUUUAUGGAAAUCUUAUGAAUCUGAGGGUAUAAGUUCGUAACUCUCUCAGUGUGCUCAAUCAUGAUGAUUAUUGGAGGAAGAUGGCUGUAUUAUAGCUCUCUACUGAUACUUGGAUCUAGUUUGAGUAUAUUCAUGAUCAAAACUUUAAAAAGGUAUACUCACUUUAGUGGUGGAAAUUACAUAGGGCAGUCAAACAUCAGUAAGGCAACUAUUCUGUACAUUUUGGGUGGAAUCCAGAUUCCUCUGUUAUUGAUUCUAAACAUGUAAG